AUUGGAUUUACAAGGAGCAGUAAGGGAAGAUCUCAUGGGUUUUCAGCCUAUAAUCCCCACUUCAAAACAUCUCCAGCUGACUCAACCUGCCACUUUGAAAGAGAUCAAGGUGGCUCUUUUCUCCAUGAAGGGAUUAAAGAGCCAGGGUCCUGAUGGUAUUCAAGCUUUAUUCUACCAAAAGCACUGGGACACUAUCUCAGGGACCUUCCUUGACUUUGUUAAUCAGGCACUUUUGACUGGCAGCUUUGAUCGAAAUUUAAUACAAGCUUAUGUAGCCUUGAUACCCAAGGAGGAUUCCCCUGAUGUUAUACAGAAAUUUAGGCCCAUUACUCUUUUAAAUGUGGCAUAUAAAGUAUUGUCUAAACUUAUUGUUAAUAGACUACGACCUUAUUUACAGAAGAUUAUUGGGCCACAUCAUAGCAGUUUUUUGGCGGGUAGAAGUACAAUGGAUAACAUCAUCAUCACGCAGGAAGCUAUCCACUCCAUGAAGCAUUUAAAAGGCAAGAAAGGAGCUAUGGUGCUGAAGGUUGAUCUGCAUAAGGCUUUUGACAGCGUUCUGAUGGAUUGUUUGGAUAGGUUUGCUAAGAGUUCUAGACUGGUGUUGAAUCUUCAAAAGUCAAAGCUCCAUACCUCUCCAAAUGUUCAACGUACUGUUGCUAAUGCACUAAACCUUGCGGGUGACAAUGCUUUAUGGUGCCAAGUUUUACAAGAUAAAUACCUCCGUGGAGCUUGUCUUUUUGAUGUUAAGGCUGCACAACGUUCCUCUCCAAUUUGGCAUGGAAUACUCCAAUGCCGAUCAGUGUUGAGAAUGGGAAUUAAAUGGAGAAUAGGUUAUGGGGAAAACAUCGAUUUUUGGAAGGAUUUAUGGGUAAGAUACAAGCCCCUAAACUGCUAUUGGUCUCAAGGCAGUUUUGAGGCUCCUCCUGCACUAAAAGUUGCCGAGGUAAUAACUCAAGAUAGGGAAUGGGAUUUGGAGGCUUUACAUGAUCUCGUCUUGGAUGAGUUAGUAGAUGCAAUCUGAGCCAUACCCUUUUCUAAUUCACUACAGAACGAGGAUAGCAUGUUUUGGGCUGGCACAAAGAUGGUUGUUUUUCAGUAAAGUCAACAUAUCAAAUAAUACAAGAGCAGCGGAAUCCCCAGUUCUCUAAUGAUCAAGCGUGGAGUUGGAUCUGGAGACUUAGCUGUGCCGAGAGGAUUUGAAUGUUUGUGUAAUAUCCCAAAAUUUGGGGGUAUUUUAGCAUUAAAUUGGGGACUUAUUU